AUGAAGCUUACCGCAUAUAUAAGGAUUUACUUUUACCUACCAAGUUUCCUAGCACGUGGUAUCGAGACCAACACUGAAAAUCGUUCAUUACAAUGGCGCAACGGAAUAAAAAAAAGAAAGCACAAUGAGGAUCCAACACCUGCGCAACAAGAACUUCCAUCACCUAUCAUUUUCCUUGCGCGUAGUGUAAAGGCUGAUACACGAUUCACGGUGUUCAAACAAGAAUUUCAUUUGCAUUCUUCCGGUCUCAAACAUCACUCUGAUCAUUUUCGCAAGGUUCUUGAUUCAGCCGACAAAAAACCUGCACCCGCUUAUGCGCUAUUCAAAUAUGACUAUCGCUCUGUCAUUGACGAAGAUGGAAGCUGGGCCUUGAUGCCAGCUUCAGAUAUGACUCUUGUCGAUGGACUCGAGGAAGAAAUCGAAGCCGUUCGAAAGCUCCUUUGUGCCAUUCAUUCAAAAAAUUACAGAAUUGAGACCGCAGAUGAGCUCAAAAGACUCACACGCCUGGCCGAUUACUAUUGCGCCCUGCCGGUAGUUUCAGCAACCUUGACUGGGGCUUUGUUCAAGUGCAGAAUCUUUAAAGGCUUACUUGCAACAUACAAUGCCCUAACCGGCGAACAUGAUGAUGAAUGUGUCUCCUUGCUUUUGUUGGCCCGCAAACUUCGCCACGGAGUGCUAUUUAAAGAGUUUCUGAUCCAUACAGUUGGGAGGUGGGAUUCUCUCCCAGAUCUUGAGAAGGAGGUUGUUAAAGAUGACCAACAGUUGUAUAAACUGGUGCAAACCAAGCUUAUUCUCUUGUGUAAGAUUGUUGCCAAGACUCAAGGUGCACUACUUAUGGCUCUUUGUGAUGGACAAGGCGAACUUUACAAGAUUUUUGAAUGUAAUUACUCGUCACUAUUGAUUGGGAGAAGGAUUUCCAUGUACAGAGCUCUGUACAACGAACAUGUCUUCGGCAGUUUUUCUGACGAGGAGACUAAAGAAGAGCUGAGUGAUCUUAUAUCUUCUCUACUCAAGAAUAAUCUUGCAUUAGACUGCACAGGUAAGGAUUCAGGGGGAGAGAAUGUCUUUGAAAACACGUUUCUAUGUUCUGAAAUGGAGGGUGAUGAGUUACCUUGGGAUCUAGAGGGAAUGGAUUGGUAG